AUGAGCACUAUUGGCAUAUUUGAUUUUAAGGGUAUAUAUCCCACAUGCAUGGAUGAGUAUAAUUCUGCUAUAGGAGUGAAUAAUUUAUCUAAGCGUAAUCUUUACAAGAGUAUGUGCAGACAGAUAAGCAAAAAAAUAGCACAUAAGGAGGAUCCUACUUUUACUUUCAUUUGUGAAGAUCUUUGUCUCUAUUUAAGUCACAUAAAAGAAAAAGAUCAAAAUAAUAGAGAAACAUACUGUAAAUAUUUCUUCUAUAAACUAAACGAUGAACUAAUAAAUAAAAAAUAUGCUUGUAUUGAAAAAAGUAAUUGUUACAAUGAAAUGAAAACUAUAUCAAAGGAAAAUGGUAAUAAUAAUCUAUUCGAUAUAUGCCAAAAUUAUUCUCAAAAUAUUCGUGAAAAUAUACUUAGUAUAUUUCAGAAUUUGGAUAAUCUGUAUAAGGAACUAGAAUUAAUUAGAAAUGGAACAUAUACAUGCCUUACCGAUAGUGAAAGUUUUGAUAAGUACAUGCUAUUGUUGCAAGAUUUUAUCAAUAACGAUAGUUUGAAAAACAUUCUGGAAACAGUUAAUGAUCAAUAUAUUCAAUACAAUAUAAAAUUACGUGAUUGCUUAAUUGGCAUUAAAAUUUCACAUUACAUUUUAAAGACAGUUGCAUCAUUGAUUGUAUUUGCAUCUAUAACAUCAUUAAUAAUAUUUAUUUUGUAUAAGUACACACCUUAUGGCUCAUAUGUAUAUCCAAUUGUAAAAAAGUUAAUCAGUCUAUGGAACAGAAGAAAAAAAAAACAAGAUAAAUUAUUUGAAACAUUUGAAAAAGAAUAUAAAAAAUUAACAGAUAAUAAUUAUCAGUUAUUGUAUAAUCUUGCAGAAUGCUAA